AUGAAAGGAAAGGUAUUUCUCCUGUUGGCUCUGUCUGCAAUGAUCCAGGUGAAUUCCGCUGGAUACGGAUCUCCAUAUGUAAUCGAAGUGCCACAUUAUCAACCGCCACCGCCGCCCCCUCCUCCUCCUCCACCACCACCACCACCACCUGAAGAGAAACCUCAACCAUAUGAAUAUUCAUUUGAGAUAAAGGAUGAAGAUGGUAACACUAUUACCAGGAAAGAAUCAGGAGAUGGUAGUGGAUCCGUACAGGGUUCUUACGGUUAUGUCGAUGUUAACGGGAUAUUCCGCCAAGUCGAGUAUGUCGCCGACGACUCUGGAUUCAAACCCCAACUGAAGUCUAAUGAGCCUGGCUUGGGUGAUGCAGCUCCAGCUGAUGUCCAGGUCGUCAUCGAGGCUGCACCUGCCCCUCCACCUCCACCUCCACCUCCACCACCCCCGGCUCAUAAGCAACUCGUGAAAUACAUUCGUAUCCCUGUACCAUACGGCUAUGCUUAA